AUGAUUGAUCUUGAAGAAAAUAAUCCAUUAAUACCACCAUCACAAAUAGAUACAGAUAAUGAAGGUUCAAUAUAUGGUCAUGAUUUAUAUUGUCCAAAUCCAAGACAAAUUUUUAAAAUUUGUACAAAUUUAAAAUAUUUAAUUGAUAAAAUUAUCCCAAUUUUAUUUGAUGAAACAGAAAUAACAAAACCAGAUUCAUCAAUUUUAAAUGAAAAAGUUUUAGAUUUAGUAUAUAAAGCUGCAGGUGGAAAAGGAAAUGGUGAACAAGGCACAUCAUCAAAAAAAUAUCAAGCUUGUUUAAUUUUUUGUUUAUUAAAAGUUUGUGGUUGGUAUUGGCAACAAAGUGAAUUUGAAUUAUAUGAUAAUGAAUUAUUUAGUUUAAGAGCUGUUUGUGCUCAAAUUUUAGCUUCCAAGAUAAUUGAGAGGGAACAAGAUGAUAAAUAUUUAUUUUUAAGUAUGCUUUGUCAUAGAUAUACUAUUUGUUUAAAUGGUAAAAAUUCAACUCCUAUAAGUGCUUUGGAGCUAGCUGUUGAUAUGCAUUCAACUAUAGUUAUUUCUUCAUCUGGUUAUCAAAGAUGUAUAAAAUGGUUAUGGAGAGGUUGGAUUAUACAAUCUUCAAAUGAUCCUCAUUCUUAUGUAUUAUAUAAAGGAAUUGCAUCAAAUUCAAUAAGAACUCAUUUUGAUCCUGCAAGAAUUAAAACUCCAUAUUAUCAAAAUAUUUUAGAAAUUUUUUUUAGUAUUGUUUAUUUAUUAUUAUAUACAAUAAUUUUAAAUACUCAUUCAACAAAUUUUGCAGAUUUAGAUAUUUUUGAAAUAAUAUUUUAUUUAUUUACUUUAGGUUUUAUUAUUGAUGAAUUUAUAAAAUUUUAUCAUGUUGGUUUGAAUUAUUUAGGAUUUUGGAAUGCUUUUAAUGAUUCAAUGUAUGUUAUUAUUGUAUCUGCUGUUGUAUUUAGAAUUUUAAGUAUUUCAAAUCAUGGAGCUUUAAGAAAUAGAUAUGAUGAAAUGUCUUAUAGAUUAUUAAGUUGUGCUGCUCCAAUGAUGUGGUCAAGACUUUUGUUAUAUUUAGAUGCUCAAAAAUUUUUUGGUGCAAUGUUAGUUGUAUUAAAAGUUAUGAUGAAAGAAUCAAUUUUAUUUUUUGUCUUAUUAUUUGUUAUUAUUGCUGGAUUUUUACAGGGUUUUAUUGGUUUAGAUGCUUCUGAUGGAGAAAAUGAAGCCACCAAGAAAAUAUUAAUUUCUUUAUUAAAAGUUGUUAUUGGAAGUGCUUCAUUUGAUGAAAUGGGAAAAUUAGUACCACCAUAUGCUUCUAUAUUAUAUUAUAGUUAUUCAUUUUUAUUUUCAGUAAUAUUAAUGAAUAUAUUAAUUGCUUUAUAUUCAACUGCUUAUGCAGCAGUUGUUGAAAAUGCAACUGAUGAAUAUUUAGCAUUAGUAGCUCAAAAAACUUUAAGAUAUAUAAGAGCUCCAGAUACAAAUACCUAUGUUCCACCAUUAAAUAUAAUUGAAGUUAUUAUAACUCCAUUAAGUUGGAUAUUACCUCCAUUAACUUAUAAAGAUAUAAAUUAUUAUGUAAUGAUGAUAUUAUAUUCUCCUUUAUUGUUAUAUAUAACAACUGAAGAGUUAUCGACAGCAAGAAGAAUUACAUAUAAUAGAUAUAAAGGAUUACCAGAUGAUGCAAAUGAAAAUGAUACGGAAUGGGAUUUAACAGAUGGAUUUGGAGAAUUAAAUGAUAAUAAUACCACAAGAAAUAGUACACCAUAUGAAGAAAUUAGAGAAAGAAAUUCUCAAGUAAAUGAAGAAUUAAGAAUUCAAAGAGAAGCAGAAAGACAAGAUGAUGAAUUUCUUUAUAAUAUGUCGGGUUUUGAAAAAGAUAUUGAAAAAGUUAUAAAACCUGUUAAAAAAGCAAGUGAAGUUGGAUUAAAUUGGGAAUUUUAUGAUUUAUUUAAAAAAAUUGAUAAAUUAACUGAAUUAGUUGAAACUGUUGUUAGUGAAAAUAAAGAAUUAAAACAAAAAUUGGAAAAUAAAUAG